UAACGCGAUUUCACAAGCUUAAUAUUUUUAAACUUAUUUUUCGCGUUAUACAAGGGUUUCUAUAUUUUCGGGGAAUACCCUCACAUUUGCCAAGAACUUGACAAAAUCUAAUGGAGACCAAAACUGACGAAGCAGAAAAAAAACCAACAUUAAAAAGAAGAGUUAUUACCAUCGAAGAGAAAAUAAAAAUUUUAGAUCUAUUGAAAAGUGGAGAAAAACAGGGAAUUGUUGCAAAAAUUUGGAAUUUAAAUGAAUCAACUAUUCGUACCAUCAAACAAAAUGAACAGAAAAUUAGAAGAAGCUUAGGAAUUUCUGGGGCAAUGCCUAGUACUAAACGUGUUGCGCGUGUACGAGACACUUUAAUGGAGAAAAUGGAAAAAUCCUUAGUGAAGUGGAUUCAAGAAUGCAAUGAAAAAAAAGUUGAAUUAAGUGGAAAUCUUAUUAAAGUAAAGGCUCUCUAUAUUUAUGAAAAUUUAAAACAAUCCGAACCACCCUCAGAAGAAAAUUCUCAACAUGAAUUUCGAGCUAGUAAAGGGUGGUUUGAAAGAUUCCGAAAGCGACAUUGUUUACAUAAUAAUAAACUUCAAGAAGAGUGUAUAUCAACAGAACCCAUUCGAAAAUUUCCGCAGGACCUUUUAGAAAUCAUUAAAGAAGGUGGAUACAGCAUUGAAGAGUUUGCUGGUAUGAGCGAAAAUGAAAUUCGUGAAUUAAUAGAUGAAGAAAUCAAUUUAAAUGAAGAAAAUUUGGUUCAACUAAUAGAAAAUGAUAAAUCAAAUACAAAUUUUGACGAUAGUUCUUGUACUGAAGAUUCUGAUUAUGCUGAGCCCGUUAAAGAGUUCAAUGUCAAAAAAUUAACAGAAGGAUUGAAUUUAGCACAACAAUUAAAAAGCUAUUUUAUGGAUAAUGAUCCUUCAGCAGAACGCUCGGAGAAAUUUAUAAAACAAUUGGAUAAUUGUUUAGCUCCAUAUCAUGAACUUAAGCAAAAUCUUUUUACUAACUUUUUAACAAAAAAACCUACUCAACUUUCUAGUGAGAAUAAAAAUAAUAAAAUUAAUACCGAACAAAUUUCAAAUAAUAAUAAUAUUAAAUCAAAUACAGGCGACAUAUAUUUCGAAAAAUAAUAACGACUAAUAUAAUAUAUUCCCUUAAUGAACAUGUACAGCAAAUUUUAUUUUUUAAUUCAAAUUUUUGCAAAGGACCUUGGACACAUGGAUUUAUGGAUUUCAAAGCAUCGUAUUAAAUGAUAAUUUACGGUGCACGAUUCAUAAAAGACACGUUGAAGAGAGGCAAAGGUAGGAAGCAAUAACAAGAAGUUGUAAGUUCUCUUCGAUGUAAUCUUUAUGUCACAGCCAACUAGCUUAAUUAACCGUUCAAUGAUCAGGCUAGCCCGUUUACUUAACGGCACCAUUCAUCUAUCGGCAUACCAAUUAAUUCCAACUUGUCGUCUCUACACUCUUCUAUUGCACUAUUUUUUUAUUUUUUGCGUAAACGCAAUCAAACUGAAAACACCAACAAUAUUGUUACUUUCCGACACCAUAUUAACAGUGUCAUGUUUUAUCGCCAGGUGGCAGAAUGUGGAACUAAAUUUAAAUGGCUAAGCUAAAAAAAGUAGUUAAACUUAUCAAUCGAAGUCAUUUGCCUAGCAGUUUGAUUGAAUAAUUGAAUAUAUUCAGGCAAAGACGGUUCCGUUUAGUAAAUGGCUAGGCUGUUCAUUGAAUGGCUAAUUAAGCUAGUUGUCUGCGACCUAUGCAUCGUUAACAUAAUGCUUGAGUGAAUGUUAACCCAUGUAAAAAAAACACCUAAUUUAG